AUGAUCCCUGUGGGUCAUUCCAACUCAGGAGAUUCCUUGAUGUUUGCCACUGGCAUUUUCUUCCCUCGUGGCAUCUCCAGUGUCACAUCAGUCCUGGGACAGUUCUCAGUAGCUGUUUGGAGCCUCAGAGCCUUUCCCCUUGGAAAGGUGCUUCUCCUUCCUCCCUCAAGUUCUUUGCAAUCAUGGAUCGUUCUGUCCAGAGAGAUCCAUCCCUCCCUGGGAGGGGGCUCUGGGCUCACCAGCUGUGCCCCUUCCAGGGUGGAGCACCCCGCUGGAGGCUACAAGAAGCUCUUUGAGACAGUGGAGGAGUUGUCCUCUCCAGUGACUGCCCACGUCACAGGCAGGAUUCCCACCUGGCUGCGAGGAAGCCUCCUGAGAUGUGGUCCUGGCUUGUUCGAGGUGGGCUCCGAGCCCUUCUACCACCUCUUUGAUGGCCAGGCUCUGCUCCACAAGUUUGACUUCAAGGAGGGGCACGUUACCUACCACCGAAGGUAUGUCCCAGUUGUCCAAGCAAAAGGAAUAAAUAAGGAAGCAUCUGCUUGUCUGAAAUGCCAGGAAGGGGCUGUGCCUGUGGGAAACACCGGUUAUUUUGAGUCCACGUGGUCACUGGAAGAGCUCUAG